AAUAACAAUCCCAACGUUCAAAUUUCUGUUGGCGAAGCGACAGUGACUAUCACAGAUGAUGACGAUGACAAAUGUAGUACAGGGUCUCAUAAUUGCCAUGACAACGCCUACUGUAAUAAUACUGAUGGUUCUUUCAAUUGUUCAUGCAAAAAUGGCUACUCAGGAAAUGGAACACACUGCCAAGAUAUCGACGAAUGCCAAACAGCAACUCACAACUGCCAUCAAGAUGCUUAUUGCAACAAUACUGAUGGUUCUUUCAAUUGCACAUGCAAGAAUGGCUACUCCGAAAAUGGAACACAUUGCAAAGCUGCCCCCUCGCCUCCUACUACAAUUGGAUUUGAAAGUUCCACCUACAAUGUUGGUGAAGCAGAUGGUACAUUGGAAGUUUGUCUUCAUGUUAGCAAUUAUAAGAAUCCGUUUUCAGGAACAUUAACAUUCAAAAAUGGCACCGCAACAAGUGGACAAGAUUACUUAGCGGAGGAGAUAAAUAUUUCAAUACCAGAUGUCGCUGUAUCAAUAACGUGCGUUGAAAUUGAGAUAAUACAGGAUAACAAUUAUGAAGGCGAUGAAACUUUUACAGUUGUUUUCAUGUUAAGUAACAAUCCGAAUGUUCAAAUAACUGUUGGCGAAGCGACAGUGACUAUCACAGAUGAUGAAGAUGACAAAUGUAGUACAGGGUCUCAUAAUUGCCAUGACAACGCCUACUGUAAUAAUACUGAUGGUUCUUUCAAUUGUUCAUGCAAAAAUGGCUACUCAGGAAAUGGAACACACUGCCAAGAUAUCGACGAAUGCCAAACAGCAACUCACAACUGCCAUCAAGAUGCUUAUUGCAACAAUACUGAUGGUUCUUUCAAUUGCACAUGCAAGAAUGGCUACUCUGGAAAUGGAACACACUGCCAAGAGGCAACUACAAUUGGAUUUCAAAGUUCCACAUACACUGUUGGCGAGGCAGAUGGUUCCGUGAAUGUUUGUGUCGAGGUUAACGUUAGUAAUUCCCAGGGGUCCUUCAUAAUUGCCUUAGGAAGAUUAACAUUCAGAAAUGGCACUGCAACAAGUGGAGAAGAUUAUCUGGAUGAGGAGAAAAGUGUUGCAAUAUUUAUUUUUUCUCCAAGAACUUAUUGCGUUGAUAUUUCGAUAAUAGAUGAUAACAGUUAUGAAGGCAACGAAAGUUUUACAGUUGUUUUGAUGGUAGAGAACAACGUUCAUAUAACUGUUGGCGAAGCGACAGUGACUAUCACCGAUGAUGACGAUAUCGACGAAUGUGGCGCGAGUUCUCACAAUUGCCAUCACAACGCCUAUUGUAACAAUACUGAUGGUUCUUUUAAUUGUACAUGCAAAAACGGCUACUUCGGAAAUGGAACAGACUGUCAAGAUAUCGAUGAUUGUGAUGCAGGUUUUCAUAAUUGCCAUCACAACGCCUACUGUAACAAUACUGAUGGUUCUUUCAAUUGCACAUGCAAAAACGGCUACUCAGGAAAUGGGACCGACUGCCAAGAUUUCAACGAAUGUAAUUCAGGGACCCACAAUUGCCAUCACAAUGCCUACUGUAACAAUACUGAUGGUUCUUUUAAUUGUACAUGCAGAAAUGGCUACUCAGGAAAUGGGACCGACUGCCAAGAUGUCGACGAAUGUAAUUCAGGGACUCACAACUGCCAUUACAAUGCCUACUGUAACAAUACUGAUGGUUCUUUCAAUUGCACUUGUAAAAACGGCUACUCAGGAAAUGGGACCGACUGCCAAGAUAUCGAUGAAUGUGGUGACAGUUCUCAUAAUUGCCAUCACAACGCUUACUGUAACAAUACUGAUGGUUCUUUCAAUUGUUCAUGCAAAAAUGGCUACUGGGGAAAUGGAACAGACUGUCGAGAUAUCGACGAAUGUGAUGCAAGUUCCCACAAUUGCCAUCAAGAUGCUUAUUGUAACAAUACUAAUGGAUCUUUCAAUUGUACAUGUAAAAAUGGCUACUCCGGGAAUGGAACUGACUGUGAAGAUAUAGAUGAAUGUGGUGUGAGUUCUCAUAGUUGUCAUUACAACGCCUACUGUAACAAUACUGAUGGAUAUUUCAAUUGUACUUGUAAAAAUGGCUACUCAGGAAAUGGGACCGACUGCCAAGAUGUCGACGACUGUAAUGCAGGGACCCACAACUGCCAUCAUAAUGCCUACUGUAACAAUACUGAUGGUUCUUUCAAUUGCACCUGCAAUAACGGCUACUUCGGAAAUGGAACUAACUGUGAAGAUAUCGAUGAAUGUGGUGCAAGUUCUCAUAAUUGCCAUUACAACGCCUACUGUAACAAUACUGAUGGAUCUUUCAAUUGUACAUGUAAAAAUGGCUACUCUGGAAAUGGGACUGACUGUAAAGAUAUCGAUGAAUGUGGCGCGAGUUCUCAUAAUUGUCAUUACAACGCCUACUGUAAGAAUACUGAUGGUUCUUUCAAUUGCACAUGCAUAGACGGAUACUCAGGGAAUGGGACCGACUGCCAAGAUGUCGACGAAUGUGGUGGCAGUUCUCAUAAUUGCCAUCACAAUGCCUACUGUAACAAUACUGAUGGUUCAUUUAAUUGUACAUGCGGAAAUGGUUACUGUGGAAUUGGAACAGACUGUCGAGAUAUCGACGAAUGUUAUGCAAGUUCUCACAAUUUCCAUCACAAUGGCUACUGUAACAAUACUGUUGGCUCUUUCAAUUGUACAUGUAAAAAUGGCUACAGAGGGAAUGGAAAAAACUGCCAAGAUAUCGACGAAUGUGGUGCGAGUUCUCACAAUUGUCAUCACAACGCCUAUUGUAACAAUACUGAUGGCUCUUUCAAAUGUACAUGUAAAAAUGGCUACUGGGGAAAUGGAACAGGCUGUCAAGAUGUCAACGAAUGUGAGAGAGAGAACGAUUGUUCUCCGAAUGCUCUGUGUACUAAUCAGGACGGAACAUACUUAUGUGAUUGCAAGAAUGGCUUUGAGGGGAAUGGAAUUCGUUGUGAGGACAUUGAUGAAUGUACAGGAAAAUCACCGAAAUGUAGAAAUGAAAGCCAAAGUUGUACCAACUAUCCUGGAGAAUAUCGCUGUCAUUGUAUAAGUCCAGGGAAAUAUCUUUCUGAAGAUGGGUCAACGUGUGUUGAUUUGGCGGGUUCUGUUGCAGGUAGAUUUGAUAUUGUAAAUCGUGUAUACCUACAGAUCUAUGAUGAUCACUCAAGCGCAGAAUACCUGGAAAUCACUGAAGCAAUAAUUGAGAUGAUAGUCAAGUUAUUCAGAAGUACGAGCCUAACUUCGCAAUUUUAUUCAUGCUUUAUCACAAAUUUGACUAAUGGAUCUCUUGGCGUCGACUACGUGGCAACAUUUAACGAUUUAACUGGAGUUACCUACGAAAAUCUUCAAAAAGAAUUAGCCGAAACUUUGAACGUAACAAACAGCGGCACAUUCCUUCCUGGCACCAACCUACAACUCAGCCCCAACACUGAUCCCGCUAGCACUGAAUUGGCUGGUCUUUUUAAAUUUGAAGAUUACGACGAGUGCGAUCCUGCAAAUAUUCAAACUCCUGAUUGUGGUGAAAAUGCAACAUGCGUCAAUAGAAAUCUUACUUACGAUUGUAUCUGUAAUAAUGGCUUUGUCAAGAAUGGCAGUGAUUGUAUUGUUGCUCCAGGAGAUGUUGACAAGAGUGAAGUUGAGGACGUGAAACAUGUCUUAAUGGCCGUCAUAGGAUGGCUCAGCCUGUGUUUUUUAAUCACGUUCGUAAUUUUAAUAAUUGCUGCCUUUAGUCUCAUCGGAAAUAAAGGACAAUAUUAUGAUCCCAAACCACGUGUAAUCGCUGCUCCAACACACCGUCCCACGUUUAACCACCUUUAUUAUAAUGAUAACAAAUAUCCAUUGUAAUCUAAAACAAAUUUGUAUGACUCUUUAUAGGUCCAUGCAUAGUUUACACUUUGACUAUGCUUUUAAUGCUU